AUGGUGAAAGCACCAUCAUUUGGUCUGAUAAUUGGGUCACUCAGAUUGGAGUCAUUGUUUUCUAAUAUUACUGCCUGUGGCAGCUACUUUCUCUUGGAGCUACCGUUUGUCAAGAAUACUAUUUCGAUUCUUUCUGCCAACAAGACACAGCAAGGCUUCAACUGCUCUAUAUUUGGUGUUGAACACUCAACAUUUGGUCAGGGAAAGCCACAGGUGCGAGAGCCACAGGUACCCUGCUUUUUCAUAUUUGGAGACUCUGUGUCUGAUAAUGGCAACAACAACUUGCUUCCCACAUUUGCCAAAGUCAACUACAGUCCCUAUGGCGUUGACUUUCCUCAGGGCCCAACAGGAAGGUUCUGCAAUGGCCGAAACAUAGUUGAUGUGCUUGCUGAGCUUCUGGGAUUUGAAAACUACAUUCCACCAUUUGCUUAUGCCAAUGGCUCUGAAAUAGUUAAAGGCGUGAAUUAUGCAUCUGGUGCAGCAGGAAUUCGAAAAGAAAGUGGGAGGCAGUUGGGUGCACGUAUCAGCAUGGGAGAACAGCUGAAGAAUCACAGAACCACAGUCUUGCGAAUUAUCGACAUACUUGGGAAGAGAAGCUUAGCCAAAAAGCAAUUAAACAAGUGCUUAUAUUCAGUUGGUAUGGGCAGCAAUGACUACAUUAACAAUUACUUCCUGCCUCAGUAUUACCAGACCAGUAAAAAAUAUACCCUCGAGGAAUAUGCAGAAGUUCUUAUCAAACAAUACACCCAGCAAAUACUGAGGUUGCGCAAGUAUGGAGCAAGGAAGGUUUCUUUGGUUGGCCUGGGGCUAAUUGGCUGCACCCCAGAUGCAAUUAAGACCUAUGGCACCAAUGGAUCUUCUUGUGUGGAAAAAUUGAACAAUGCAUCCCAACAAUUUAAUCAAAAGCUUGUGGCUCUUGUUGAUAAGCUCAACACCAAUUUUACUGAUUCAAAAUUCAUCUAUGUCAACAGCUAUGAAAUGGGCUCAGGGGACCCUACAUUAGUUGGGUUCAAGGUUUUGGAUGCUGGGUGCUGUGAAGUGGAUCAAUAUGGUCAAUGUGCUCCUAACAAAACUCCAUGCCAGAAUAGGACUGAUUAUGUUUUCUGGGACGGAUUUCAUCCUAGUGAGGCCUCCAAUUUAAUCACUGCCAGCAGAACCUACUCAGCUUAUAACGCUUCAGACACUUAUCCAAUGGAUAUCAGUCACUUAGUUCAGCUACAGCUUGAGCCUCAAGUCACGGCGAUCUAG